GUUAUUUUUUUUUUUUUUUUUUUUUUUUGCCUCUAAAGGAGACCUGUGUGUUCAGCCAUUACUUUGCUCGGCGCUGCUCACAGGAAUCUCCGACCCGCGGUGCUGUGGGGAGCCCCGCACUUGGGCUCCUCGCCUCUCGCCCUCGCUCCCGUCCCUCCUCCCUCUCUCCGCCCCUUCCCCCUUCUCUUUCUCCUCUCUUUCUUCCCCUCUCUCCCUUCUUUCGGCCGCCGUCUCCCCCGCGCCCUCCUCGGGGCGGAGGGAAGCCGAGGAGGGGGAGGGAGGGGUUGGUGUCAAUUUUUUUGUGUGGCCGCGGCCGGAGCCUGUGGCGGGCGGGCGGCGAGCGGGGAGACCCCGGCGCGGCAGAGCCAUGGAUGGCCCGACGCGGGGCCAUGGACUCCGCAAAAAGCGGCGGUCGCGGUCGCAGCGAGACCGGGAGAGGCGCUCCCGGGGCGGGCUGGGGGCCGGCGCGGCCGGCGGCGGCGGGGCCGGCCGGACCCGGGCGCCCUCGCUCGCCUCGUCGUCGGGCUCCGACAAGGAAGACAAUGGGAAGCCCCCGUCCUCCGCCCCGUCCCGGCCCAGACCCCCGCGGAGGAAGCGGAGAGAGUCCACCUCGGCCGAAGAGGACAUCAUUGAUGGAUUUGCCAUGACCAGCUUUGUCACUUUUGAAGCGCUGGAGAAAGAUGUAGCACUUAAGCCUCAGGAACGUGUGGAGAAACGCCAGACCCCUCUGACCAAGAAGAAACGAGAAGCACUUACUAACGGCCUGGCCUUUCAUUCUAAGAAGAGUAGACUCAGCCACCCACAUCAUUACAGCUCAGACCGAGAGAAUGACCGCAACCUCUGCCAGCACCUUGGGAAGAGGAAGAAGAUGCCGAAGGGACUCAGACAGCUGAAGCCAGGCCAGAACAGCUGCAGGGACAGUGACAGUGAAAGCGCCAGCGGAGAAUCCAAGGGCUUCCACAGGAGCAGCUCCCGGGAAAGGCUCAGUGAUAGUUCAGCUCCUUCCAGCUUGGGAACAGGCUACUUCUGUGACAGCGACAGUGACCAGGAAGAGAAGGCAUCAGAUGCCAGCUCUGAAAAGCUCUUCAAUACUGUUAUUGUAAACAAAGAUCCGGAGUUAGGUGUCGGCACACUGCCCGAACAUGACAGCCAGGAUGCAGGGCCGAUUGUCCCCAAGAUAUCCGGUCUAGAGAGAAGCCAGGAGAAGAGCCAGGACUGUUGCAAAGAGCCCAUCUUUGAGCCCGUGGUGCUUAAAGACCCCUGCCCUCAGGUCCCCCAGCCGCUACCCCAGCCCCAGGCGGAACCCCAGCCCCGAGCUCCUUCUCCAGACCCCGACCUGGUGCGGCGCACAGAGGCCCCGCCUCAGCCCCCACGUCCAAGCACACAGCCACCACAGGCGCCCCCAGAGGCCCAGCUUCAGCCCGCCCCUCAGCCUCCGGUGCAGAGGCCGCCGAGGCCGCAGUCCCCCACCCAGCUGCUCCACCAGAGUCUCCCGCCUGUGCAGGCCCAUCCCUCAUCCCAGAGCCUCACCCAGCCAUUGUCCGCCUACAACAGCAGUAGCUUAAGCCUCAACAGCUUAAGCAGUAGCAGAAGCAGCACCCCAGCAAAGACUCAGCCCGCCCCGCCUCACAUCUCUCACCACCCUUCGGCCUCCCCGUUCCCCCUCUCACUGCCCAACCACAGCCCCUUGCACAGCUUCACACCCACCCUCCAGCCCCCCGCACACUCACAUCACCCCAAUAUGUUCGCCCCUCCCACGGCUCUGCCUCCGCCACCACCUCUGACUUCAGGGAGUCUGCAGGUCCCCGGACACCCGGCUGGAAGCACUUACUCAGAGCAAGACAUCUUGCGACAGGAACUGAACACACGCUUUCUGGCCUCUCAGAGUGCUGACCGCGGGGCUUCCCUGGGCCCUCCGCCCUACCUGCGGACCGAGUUCCACCAGCACCAGCACCAGCACCAGCACACGCACCAGCACACGCACCAGCACACCUUCACGCCGUUCCCCCACGCCAUCCCCCCCACCGCCAUCAUGCCGACGCCAGCACCUCCCAUGGUGCGUACCCCAGGCAGAAAUUUUGACAAAUACCCUACAAAAGUUGACCCAUUCUACCGGCACAGUCUCUUCCAUUCCUACCCUCCUGCAGUAUCGGGCAUCCCCCCUAUGAUUCCACCCACUGGUCCUUUUGGUUCACUACAAGGAGCAUUUCAGCCGAAGACCUCCAACCCUAUCGAUGUUGCUGCUCGACCCGGGACCGUCCCGCACACUCUGCUCCAGAAGGACCCGAGGUUGACAGAUCCUUUCAGACCUAUGUUAAGGAAACCAGGGAAGUGGUGUGCUAUGCAUGUUCACAUCGCCUGGCAAAUCUACCACCACCAACAGAAAGUCAAGAAACAGAUGCAGUCAGACCCACAUAAGCUGGACUUCGGAUUGAAACCCGAGUUCCUGAGCCGCCCCCCAGGCCCCAGCCUCUUUGGAGCCAUCCACCACCCCCAUGACCUGGCCCGGCCUUCAACUUUGUUCUCUGCCGCUGGUGCUGCACACCCAACCGGGACCCCUUUCGGGCCACCGCCUCAUCACAGCAACUUCCUUAACCCUGCCGCUCACCUGGAGCCUUUUAACCGUCCGUCUACGUUCACUGGCCUCGCGGCGGUUGGUGGCAAUGCCUUCGGGGGACUUGGAAAUCCUUCAGUUACACCCAACUCAAUGUUCGGCCACAAGGAUGGCCCCAGUGUGCAGAACUUUAGCAGCCCUCACGAGCCCUGGAACCGGCUGCACCGAACGCCUCCGUCGUUCCCGACCCCUCCGCCCUGGCUGAAGCCAGGCGAGCUGGAGCGUAGCGCGUCCGCUGCAGCUCAUGACAGAGAUAGAGACGUAGAUAAACGAGACUCAUCUGUUAGUAAAGAUGACAAAGAAAGGGAAAGCGUUGAGAAAAGACACUCCAGCCACCCUUCACCAGCACCUAUCCUCCCAGUGAGCACCCUGGGACAUAACCGUAGCUCCGCUGAACAGAUCAGGGGUCAUUUGAACACUGAGGCUCGCGAGAAAGACAAAUCCAAAGAGAGGGAGAGAGACCACUCGGAAUCCCGCAAGGACCUGACCGCCGACGAGCACAAGGCGAAGGAGAGCCACCUGCCGGAGAAGGACGGCCACGGCCACGAGGGGCGAGCCACGGGCGAAGAGGCCAAGCAGCUGGCCCGGGUGCCGUCACCCUACGUGCGCACCCCCGUGGUGGAGAGCGCCAGGCCCAACAGCACCUCGAGCCGCGAGGCCGAGCAGCGCAAGAGCGAGCCGGCCUACGAGAACCCCAAGAAGAGCUCGGAGGUCAAGGUGAAGGAGGAGCGCAAGGAAGACCACGACCUGCCUCCGGAGGCCCCGCAGACCCACCGGUCUUCGGAGCCACCUCCUCCAAACUCCUCGUCCAGCGUGCACCCGGGGCCCCUGGCCUCGAUGCCCAUGACGGUGGGGGUGACGGGCAUUCACCCCAUGAACAGCAUCAGCAGCCUGGACAGGACUCGCAUGAUGACCCCGUUCAUGGGCAUCAGCCCCAUCCCGGGCGGAGAGCGGUUCCCGUACCCUUCGUUCCACUGGGACCCCAUACGGGACCCUCUGAGGGAUCCCUACCGAGAACUUGACAUUCACCGGAGAGACCCGCUGGGCAGGGACUUCCUGCUAAGGAACGACCCUCUGCACCGUCUCUCGACGCCGCGGCUCUACGAAGCCGAUCGCUCCUUCAGGGACAGGGAGCCUCACGAUUACAACCACCACCACCACCACCACCACCACCCUCUGUCUGUGGACCCUCGGCGGGAGCACGAGCGCGGGGCUCACCUAGAAGAGCGGGAGCGUUUGCACAUGCUCAGAGAAGACUACGAACACACACGGCUCCACCCCGUGCACCCCGCCUCCCUGGACGGACACCUGCCGCACCCCAGCCUCCUCACCCCGGGGCUCCCCAGCAUGCACUACCCCAGGAUCAGCCCCACCGCGGGGCACCAGAACGGACUGCUCAACAAGACCCCCCCGACGGCGGCGCUGAGCGCGCCCCCCCCGCUCAUUUCCACGCUGGGGGGCCGCCCGGUCUCCCCCAGAAGGACUACCCCUCUGUCUGCAGAGAUGAGGGAGAGGCCUCCUUCCCACACCCUGAAGGAUAUAGAAGCUCGGUAAGGAGGGCAGGACGCGAGGGAGGAAAGAGAAGCCCUUGCACACCAACAGGGCGCCAGACCGGAGACGGGGAGCCAGCGCGGGCCCACCAGACUGGGGGGGGGGGGGGGGGCGGCGCAUGCCCCACCUCCUCCUCCCCUUGUAAAAAAUGUAUAGGCUCCAGUGCAGAUUUUGAAAUGGUUUUUUUUUUUUGUAUAUCAUAUGUUGAAAUUUUUCAGAUCUUUCAGCCAAGUCCUAUGUUCUCAUGUCUCUAACUCUUUUGGUUUCUCGCAUAAGACUUUUUGAUUUGAACCAAAACAGUGAAGACGACAGACGCGCAGCAACGCGGUGGUGACUGGGGGCGAGACCCACAGCGGUCCACGCAGCCCAUCGUGCGAAGCUCCUUCAGAUGAGAAAGGAAGGCCGUGUACAUAGCUAUGUAAAAACACACACACAGAAAACACAAAAAACGAAACACAAAAACACAUUGCUUCGUGAGCUAAUGGUUCAUAUAUGCAAAGGGUAAGAUAAAAGCUUUACUUUGUACAAAUGUAAAUAGACCAAGAGUAAGUAACAUAAUACAUUAAUACUUCUUAAAAUGUGCUAUUUGCAAACUUAAUAUCAGCGAGUGCAGUCGGCUACGGCUGCGUUCCCAUAUAUUGUUAUAGACAGCUAAACCCUUCAACUAUGCAAUGAAUGUUAGGGCUUUUCACAAAAGCCCUCCUAACUCAAAGGAGCCUUUUCAGAUCCAUUUACAACAUACUUAAGGUCAUAUUUUCCCUGAACAAGCACUUACGUGAUAGGACUCUGUUUUCCUUGCUUGUUUUUUUUUUCCAAACGGAGAAACAUCCUAUUUUGCAAAUCGGACCCGGGCUGAAACUUGGCUCGCGAAGUUAAACUGCUCGCGGGCCGUGGGGGGGGGGGGGGGGGGGGUGGGGGGUGGGGGGGGGGUGGAGCACAGCCCCCGGGAAAGAGAGCCGAGGGCCUGAACACCCAGUGCCAGGGAGGAUGGGAGCUGUCAGACGCCAAAAUCAGGGGACACAGACAGGUCGCCACCAUCAGUCACGUGACUUCACACACACCUCAUGUGGGAACCAUGCGUGUUUUAGUGUGUCCUGUUUCCUGUCUGUACACGCCUCCUCGGUUUGUAAUGAGAUUCGAUUACAUCCAAACACAUCCUGAAAGAAAGCUUCACGUUUUCUCAGAUGAUGGAUAUGUUUUCACUGUUUUCAAUAACUGAUGGGUUUAAGGUGCACGUUUCCUAAUGUGACUCGCUGUGUUCCAGUUGGUAAUAAAGUCUGGGAAAUAGCCGGCAGGUCGACCUUGGGGAGCCAUGGAGAGUUACAGAGGGUGAGCAGUGGCAGAGACAAAGUUCUGUGUGUGCGUGUGUUUUUAAUUUUGCACCAACCUUAAUGUGUCUUCAUACUUUUAUAAUACAUUAAGCCUCUUGUCUACAUAUUUGGAGAGAAUAUGACUUUACUAGCAGAGAAAUACAAUAUAUCUUGUCUACUGGACUGUAAAAUAUAUGUAUGAAAUAAAAUUAGUUCCAUUGGGUCCUUCUAGUAUAUUAAAGUGCUAUCUGAUGUUGUUAUCCUGUUUUUGCAAAAAAGAAAAAAAAAGUUAACUACAGACCAUUGUUUCUAAUAAGCAGAGAGAUCUAUUUUAGUAGUAAACUGAAGGUUUAGUUGUGAGCUUCAGAUUUUGUGAACUCCAGAUGUUGUGUAGUGUUUUUUUUUUUUUUUUAAAGACAACAACUAAAAAGAAAAAAAAAAAAACCCCAAGGAAUAUAUACACUGGAACUAUAGUGGUAGCUCUCGGUAUUGUAAAGAGAUUGUUCUAUACAGACCUUUUUGCUGUUUACCCUGUAUGUAAUAAAGUCCUUUCUAGACCCUCUGUGAAAAGACGCGUGAAAACCGACUGAGUUUUCAGCAUGUUCUCAUCGGCGGAGCCUUCUUGUGUAAUGUAAACUGUGCCAUGUUAUUAAAAAAUGUGAACCAA